AUCCCGCACACGACGCGCUCGCUCACGGAACUACACUUCCGAAUUUUCCCCGCUUGUCCCGUGACGCUCAUUGCACCCUGAGCGCUAAGCGGGGGUUCAACAACUGCGCCCCACUUUCUCAGAUUCAGUGCUGGACCCAGCCCCCGACUCCGACUCGGCUCCACCAUGGAGGAGGCAGACCGAAUCCUCAUCCAUUCCUUGCGCCAGGCUGGCACGGCGGUCCCUCCAGAUGUGCAGACCCUACGAGCCUUCACCACUGAGCUGGUGGUAGAGGCUGUGGUUCGCUGCCUGCGAGUGAUUAACCCUGCUGUGGGCUCUAGCCUCAGCCCCCUGCUGCCUCUGGCCAUGUCUGCCCGGUUCCGCCUGGCCAUGAGCCUGGCUCAGGCCUGCAUGGACCUGGGCUAUCCCUUGGAGCUUGGCUAUCAGAACUUCCUCUACCCCAGUGAGCCUGACCUCAGGGACCUGCUUCUCUUCUUGGCUGAGCGUCUGCCCACCGAUGCCUCUGAGGAUGCAGACCAGCCUGCAGGUGACUCAGCUAUUCUCCUCCGGGCCAUUGGGAGCCAAAUCCGGGACCAGCUGGCCCUGCCCUGGGUCCCACCUCUCCUUCGAACACCCAAGCUACAGAACCUCCAGGGCUCAGCCCUCCAGCAUCCUUUCCAUGCCAGCACGCUGGUCAUGCCUGAGUUGAGUUCCAGAGGAGAGACACGGGAGUUCCAGACGAGUCCCCUUCUGCUGCCAGUCCCUGCACAGGUGCCCCGGCCUUCGGGGAGGGCGGCCUCACUCCUUGAACACCAUGCCAUCCAACUCUGUCAGCAUAUAGGCCGGGAUCGCCCUGGUGACGAGGACUGGGUACGCCGGGCACCUCGCGUCCCACCCCAGGAGGACACCCGAGCUCCACGGCAGCGGCUCCACAGACAGUUGGCUGAGCAUCUGCGCCAGACCUGGAGCCCACUUGCAGCGCCCACACAAGCCCGAGACCUGGGGGAGCUGCUUCAGGGCUGGGGUGCUGGGGCCAGGACUGGCGCCCCCAAGGGAUCCCGCUUCACACAUUCAGAGAAGUUCACCUUUCAUCUGGAGCACCAGGCCCAGGCUGCCCCAGUAUCAGAUGUGCCAACUACCUCCAGUCAGCCUGAACAGGACACACGGGCAACUCAAGAACAGGAGCUAGAGUCCCUUCGGGAGCAGCUGGAGGGCAUGAACCGCAACAUUGAAGAAGUGGAAGCCAACAUGAAGACUCUAGGAAUCAGCCUUGUGCAGGUGGAGACAGAGUGUCGGCAGAGUAAGCUCAGCAUGGCAGAGCGUGAGCAGGCCCUGCGCCUGAAGAGCCGGGCAGUGGAGCUUCUACCAGACGGGGCUGCCAAUCUCGCCAAACUGCAGCUUGUGGUGGAGAGCAGUGCGCAGCGGGUCAUCCAUUUGGCGGGUCAGUGGGAAAAGCACCGGGUUCCACUUCUUGCUGAGUACCGCCACCUUCGAAAGCUCCAGGAUUGCAGGGAGCUGGAAUCUUCUCGACGGAUGGCAGAAAUCCAGGAACUGCACCAGAGUGUUCGGGCAGCUGCUGAAGAGGCCCGCAGGAAGGAGGAAGUCUAUAAGCAGCUGGUGUCAGAACUGGAGACUUUACCGAGAGACGUGUCCCGGCUGGCCUAUACCCAGCGCAUCCUGGAGAUUGUUGGCAAUAUCCGGAAGCAGAAGGAAGAGAUCACUAAGAUCCUGUCUGACACGAAGGAGCUUCAGAAGGAAAUCAACUCCCUCUCUGGGAAGCUGGACCGGACGUUUGCAGUGACUGAUGAGCUCGUAUUCAAGGAUGCCAAGAAAGAUGAUGCUGUUCGGAAGGCCUACAAGUAUCUAGCUGCGCUGCAUGAGAACUGUAGCCAACUCAUCCAGACCAUCGAGGACACGGGCACUAUCAUGCGGGAGGUUAGAGACCUUGAGGAGCAGAUUGAGACGGAGAUGGGUAAGAAGACCCACAGCAACUUGGAGAAGAUCUGUGAGGACUACCGAGCCCUUCGCCAGGAGAAUGCUGGCCUCUUGAGCCGGGUGCGGGAGGCCUGAGGAGCUCCUGUGGAGGGCUCCCCAACCACAGACAGGGAUGUGGGGUGCUGGAGGUGGUAGCCAAGUGCUGCUGCCCUAGCUACUCCCUCCAUUUACCACCAGUUCCUCCCGCUGUGGUCUUAGUCUCAGACACUUGCUCACUUGACCCCAACUCUGAUCUGGGGUGAUCGUCCAGCAUGUGGGAGCUUGGCUGCAGUUUAUUGGGGAGGGCACUGGAGGUUGGGGGUCUUGGAUCCCAAAUAAAGGAGGGGCUCUUCUGCA